UGUGUCACGAGAGCGAGGAGCGCUUGAGGCCAGUGCUGGAGCAGGAAGUGGUGCGCGGCGGGGUCCUGGUCGGGCUGGGCCGCUGGCAGGAUGGAGGCGACUUUGGAGCAGCACUUGGAGGACACAAUGAAGAAUCCAUCCAUUGUUGGAGUGCUGUGCACGGAUUCGCAAGGACUUAACCUGGGCUGUCGUGGGACCCUGUCAGAUGAGCAUGCCGGGGUGAUAUCUGUUCUAGCCCAGCAAGCAGCUAAGCUAACCUCAGACCCCACUGAUAUUCCUGUGGUAUGUCUAGAAUCAGAUAAUGGGAACAUUAUGAUCCAGAAACACGAUGGCAUCACAGUGGCAGUGCACAAAAUGGCCUCCUGACAUCUCGCAGCAGUUCCCCAGCAGCCGUCACAGGGGCUCAGCCUGUCUGUGUUAAUUGUCUCACACACUGCUAACGUGUCGGUGGUUAGGCUAUUCACCGUGCUUUGGGCACCUCUGAUUUAAUUUUAGGGUAAGUUGCUUUUGACAUCAAAAUGUUAGUAAGAAAGGAUCUUGUUUUGCAGCAGCAGGUCCAGGUGACUUUGUACAUAGAAUUCUGUUAUGUUCAAUAAAUCUGGU